CAGCAACAGGUUAGUUAAUAAUUCAUUGAUGUUCGGUUCGUGUGUUUUUCUGCGCUCUCGUUUCGAUGACUUUUAGCCGGGAAAUCCCGUAAAAUAACUGGCAAAAAGUCAAAAAACCUUCAUAUCUUAUCGUGCACCAUCAAAUUAAGCCAUAAAAAUGUGAAAAAAGUGGCAAAAAUCCUCGCAAAUCCGUAAAUAAAUAAAAAACUGAGACGUCGUCAAAAAUAUUUUUCUCUUCUCUCGCCAUUCAUUCUCUCGACGAGUACGCAGUACCGAAGGACAUCUACUAUCAGUGUAGGAGAAACGUGCGCCGAGAAGCCAGGAGACACUCAAAAAAUAAACAACAACAACUGAUAAUAUUCUGAUUCUAUCAAAGUGUGAAACGUGUACGGACAUUUCUCUACCACGACGACGACGACGACAUCGAAGGCAAUACACAUGCAACUAAAUAUAUCGUUUGUGAAGUACUUUUAUAUAAUCGCUCGCAUUGCCAGUCAGUCAUUCGGAAGAAGCGAAAGAAAAUAGAUGUUCGACGCACUUGAAAGACGAAAAAAACUAGAAAUCAAGUACUCAUAAUAAUAAAAAUAUUUCACUCGAACAAGUAAAAUACCGAGAAAAAUAGCAGAAUUAGCCUUAAUAUCGUGUUAUGUUAACUAACGCGCGAACCUGUUUUGACGUGUUUUCAAACAUAAAAACAUCGGAUCGUUAUUGAUAAAUAAAUAUUUUUAUUUUACAACGAAAAAAAAAAUAUUUUUUAAAAAUAUUAACAAGGCGAAAAUUCCCACAAAAAAAAAAUUAAAUGCAAAAAAUAGUUCAAAAAAAAGGUGACUGAACGUAAAAUUAUUAUCACAAAAAAAAAAAAAAUAGGAAAAAUAAAUUUUUUUCUUAUCAAUAUCAGUGAAUUGUUUUGUUCUACAAAUUAAACAUUGAACAAUCGAUAGUGAAACAAAAGCAGAGAAAUAUCUCUCAAGAUAGAAUUCUGAAGUUCAAUAAUUCACACACAAGUGAUACAUGUUCCAGUUCUCCGACAAAAUACACAGAUCAUCAAACAAAAACAAGAAUACAAAAAAAUUAACGUCAAUUUACUACAAAAUUGAACCUUGAUACGUACGUUUAAAAUAAUAAAAAAUUUUAAUAAUAAUAGAGAGUGCAAAGUAACGUGUUUAUUUAUAUAAAACUAAGAAAAAAAUUAAAUUUGAGAAAACUGACAAAUUCAGUAAAAUAAAAAAAAGUGAUCAAAUCAACGGUAUGCUAUUAAAAUAUUCAAACGGGCCAUUUGUAGGAAAAGGUGGCAAAGGAAAAGGAAAAUUCAUUCGAGUGAAUGGUGGUCAUAAAGUGAACAAUUCGAUUGCGAGCAUAAACCGAAUAUACCAACGUAGACAAUAUUAUAGUAGAUUGCCUGGCAAGCGUCCGAAUUUGGGGAAAAUACUACCGAGAAUUUCUCCGCCUGCACCUAGCGACAGUUCGAACGAUAGCGGAUUAGGAACGGAUGGAAUAAAUCAUUACGCGACGCAUCAGCAUCAAAAUCAACAACAACAACAGCAAAAUCAUCAACAACAACAAAUUUUUCAAGAAUUUGGAUUCGGCAGUAUCAUAUCGACAGCAACCGUGGCACCAACAAUUGUUCAACCGCCGCCAAAUUUCUUCUUUUUUAAUCAUCAUAGGCUUGAAAACGACGUCACAUUGAGUGAUAGACAUCGCAUAAUUGACGAAAAAGAUGAGCAUCGGAGACCCAAACGACCUCGCAUAGCAAGCAUUGCUUUAGAAUCGGAGGAUGCAUGCAGCGACGAGACCUUUAUGAUGUCGCAACGCACUGCAGGAAGCUCAACCGAGCAGCAACAGUCACCAAUUAACUACAGUGCCAAGCGAUUAUCGGAGCCUGGAUCGUCAAAAUACACUUCGAUGUCAAAACGCCUCCAACAAGGUCAAGUUGUUGCUUCAACGUCACAAUUCACGGGCGCCGCAUCGCAUUCGCCGCCCGAAGGAAGUGUUUCGCGCGACGGCAAAGUGCAUUUGCAAAUUUUGUCGCAACCCGAGCAACAACAUCGGGCACGUUACCAAACGGAAGGCAGUCGAGGCGCGAUAAAAGAUCGCAAAGGCAGCGGAUUUCCUCUAGUCAAGCUCGUGGGGUACAAUAAACCGGCGAAAUUGCAAGUUUACAUCGGGACUGAUGUAGGACGAGCCGUUCCUCACAUGUUCUAUCAGGCAUGCAAGGUAUCGAGUAAGAACUCGACGCCGUGCUCCGAAACAAAAAUCGACGGAACUGUCGUAAUCGAGGUCGAUUUGAGUCCGGAAACAGAUAUGACGGUGACGUGCGAUUGCAUUGGCAUCCUCAAAGAGCGAAAUGUCGACGUAGAAUUACGGUUUCCGGAUCAACAAACGCCAAAAAGCAAGAAAAAGUCAACGCGAUGUCGCAUGGUUUUCAAGACGGAAAUUAUCAACGACGAUGGCGAGAAGGAAUCUCUCUUCAUUUGUUCGCAACCCAUCGUUUGCACUCAACCUCCGGGUGUGCCAGAAAUUUGCCGCAAAUCAUUAUCCGAAUGUUCGUGCCUCGGAGGACAAGAUUUGUUCAUAAUUGGCAAAAAUUUCGCCAAAGAUACACGAGUUAUCUUCAAAGCAGUCAAAAAAGGGACUUAUAACACGAUUUGGGAAGAGACUGUCAUUCCGGAACAGGAGUUUUUGCAACAGACACAUUUAAUAUGUACUGUGCCUCCAUAUCUCGACACGACAAUUGUCUAUCCCGUGAAUGUGCAUCUCUUCAUUAUCUCGAACGGCAAGAAGAGUGAUUCGCAAAAUUUUUUGUACACACCGCAAGCAAGCUCCAUCAAUACGUUAUCGCAAAUGAGUUUGACGGCGAUAACGGGAGGCCCGAAGGCAAUCCAGCAGGCACAUGGAAAGCCAGCGCCGCGAGACGAUGUUGCAAUUUUUGUGAGUAGCGAAGGGUUCGAAACCGACGAAAGUUCCGACACAAAGAUGAACGUAAUGUUGCCGCCGGCAGCGCCAUCAGCUGGCGUAUCCCUCAUGUCUUUGGAUUUGCAAACGGAGCCAAGCGAUUUGCAGGCAUUGGCUGCUGUCAAAGCGGAAUUGCUCGAGGAAACAUCUCAAUCGUCGUUAAUGAGCACCACAUCGGGCACAGAAUCGUUACAAGCGCAUUCGUCCUCCGAUACCUUGGCUUUCUCCUCACAAAGUAACAGCAGCAGCGCCAUUAAACAAGAGGAAAAAAUGGAAAUUGGCAGUGAGAUGAUGUUGCCAGGCGACAUGAUUGAGAUGCAAAUCAAGCAGGAAAUUGCGCGACGUGGCAGUAUGACACAAUCCAAUCCAACGACGCCCGAAUAUUCGCAAAUUUUGAGUCCGAUACUCCCGCAAGUAGUUCCUACGCUCCCAAGUGACGCACAAAAGUCCCAAUUACUCAUGGAGCACUAUCAGGCGAACUUGGUAGCGGCAACGACGACACAAUUGUCGCUUCAUGGGACACGCGACGUGCUCAUGUCUCACGAUCCGGCGUCGUUGCGUUCUUCCGAAAACAUCAUGAACACAAAUAUCGCGCCAACGCUCAUGGUUCCCGCGGUGCAUGGCGGCUUGGAAAGCGUUAAUCCAAUUUUGUCGUCGCCCGUUCUCGCUGGCGUCGAUUCCGCAGCCCUUCUUGCCGCGUCAACAGCGACUCCCAUGGAACAAGACUCAUCGCCGCCCGCACGAACGUCUCCCGUUGCCGUGAAAACGAUGAUUUUGAAUGCCGCCGCGGAAAUUCUCUCGUCUCCCGAAAAUCCCCCGUCUGCGGAAACACGUUCGACAAUCAAUGCCCUCAUGGCAUUCAAUUCCGAACUGAGUGCCGUCACGGAAACUCCAUCGAACACGACACCGACAAAUCCUACCGAAACAAAUCCGUCAAACACACUCACCGGAUCGCAUCUAUUGGAGAAUGAAAUUAGGGUGGAAAUGAGUUUAAGCUCGUCUUCAGCCGCACAUCAUCCGCACCACCGAACCGACUCCAUGAUGCACGUUUCGCAUCAUCCUCAUCAUCAUUCGCAGCAGCAGCAUCAUCAACAAGCAUCUGUGGGAAUUUGCAGCACGGAAACGACGACCACGACGACGUCGCAAUUACCGCAAGAGCCACAAACGCAGCAAACUUCAUCGCCCUCGGAUGCCUCAUCUUCAUCAUCGUCGCAAAAUCAGCAAAGUACAACAAACAAUAACAAUGCACAGACUUCAAUUCCUCAGGAAAUCGCGACAAUGUCCGAUAACGACAUUAUUAGUUUCUUUAAUCCCAAUGCAUUUGAUCAAGUGUAAUUAAGUGAUACUGAUUCAGGAUGUAAACUAAAAAAAUAAAAAUAAGAAUUAAUGUUAUUUAAAAUUCUACGAUUUACUAUGGAGGACUUCGAUGGAUUUCUGACUGUUUCAAAUUUUAGAUUUUAAGUAAAAAUUAUAUUAAAAAAUUAAUUAUUAAGAAAAAUGUCAAUUUCUCGCCAAAUUGGUACUAAAUUUUAAGAAAAAAGGUUUCGUACAUGUUUAAAUGUGCUGUUAAAAAUUUUUAAAAAUUAAAGAAAAAAUUAAAAAAAAAAAAAUAAAUUAAAUUAAAUUAACAGUGUCUUAGGUAUUAAACCCCUUUGAAGCCCAAAUCAAAUAUUUUUUAUCCCAAGAAAAUUAAAUGCAGGUUAAAGCAGAGCCUUACCUAAAAUUUAUAAUUAUAUAAAAUAAAAUAAAAUAAAUAAAAAACAUACAAUGAAUUUCAAAACAGCCUUUAACAUUAAAACGAACUUUAGAAAUAGAAAUAAAUAUACGUA